AUGUCGCUCUCGCUGCACAUUCAUUCGCCCUCGGCGCAGAUCGCCACCGAGCUGCGGCUGCCCAGCUCGCUGCCGCUCUCGGGCCUGCGGCAGAAGAUCUACACGCUGAGCGGCAUCCCCGCCGAGGCGCAGAUCCUCUCGCUGCACUCGGCGCGCACCGACGAUCCGGGAGCUCGCGCCAUCCGCCUCGCCGACCUGCCUCGCGCAGAUGAUGCGGCUCCCGGCGCUGAAGAGCCGACACUUGCAUCCAUCGGCGCACAUGAGGGCGCUUGCGUGCAGGUCCUGGAUGCUCGGCCAGCAGGCAGCAGCGAGCGCUUCGUCGCCGACGAGAGCGUGGAGAAGUGGGAGAUGGACGACGACACGUAUGCGCAGCGGAGAGACACUGUCCGCGCGUACAAGCAGGCAAACCGCAUGGGCCGCUUCGACCCCGCCGUGCAGGCAGCAGCCGCCUCUGCUCCGCCAGCCGCACCGAUCCCAGAGGACAUCGUGCCCGGCAAGCGCUGCGUCGUGCUGCGCGAGGCGGGCGACGCGAAGGAGGGCGAGGGCAGCCGCGGCACGGUGCGCUUCGCUGGCACGACGAGCUUUGCGAAGGGCAACUGGGUCGGCAUCGAGUAUGACGAGCCGUGCGGCAAGGGCAAUGGCAGCGUCGCCGGCGUCGAGUACUUCAAGGCGCGGAAUCAGCACGCCUCGUUUGUGCGGCCGGAGCGCGUGCGGGUAGGCGACUAUCCCGAGCUCGACAUUGCGGAUGAGCUGGGCCUCGACGACGACGAAGAAAUGUAG